CUACUCCCUGCCCUUCCUCACUCCUCUCCCUUACCCCUCCCUUCCCCUCCUCACUCCUCUCCCUUACUCCCCUCCCAGUUCCUCUUCAUUCCUCCUGCCCCCCCUCACCCCCCAUCCCUACAUAUCCCUCCCUACCCCUUGCCAGGACCUCUCAAAACCACCUGGCUCUCCAAUUCCCUUCCCACAGAAAGCACAGGCAAAUAAGUCUGUGCCCUCAUGCUUUGUUCCCACUUGCGUUUUGAGGGUGGAAGGAAAAAACAAGGUUGACAUGCCCUGAAAACCGCACCCAACUCUGUCUGUGUGUAGCAAAGAACAGGAUUUUAAUGCAGGCAACAGCUGUGACACGGCAAACACUGUGAAUCUGAACUGCUUUACCGAUCCCUUCACCGGCGAGAGGAGAGAAUGGGAGUGACGAUGAAGGUGCUGCUGUGUGCCGUGUGCUGCCUCCUGGUGGUGUACGCUGAGUGUGAGGUCGUGAACAGUGAACCUAGCAGAAGCAGGGAGACAUUUAAAGAGACGCCUGAUGUGGGAAUGGUGAAGGAUGAGGAGAGUCGGAAGGCGCUGGAAACUGAGAAAUAUGUCGAGGAUAAGAUGGUGAACGAGGCGCUUGGUAAAGGGAAGAUUACGAAGAAGGACAAAUCAGCAGAAUCACCACCACCCAAUAUCGUGGUUCUCCUGGCUGAUGACCUGGGCUACGGUGACCUCAGCUUCUCGGGUCAUCCCACCUCCAAGACGCCACACAUUGACAAGCUGGCGCGGGAGAGUCGGUUCUUCACCCACCACUACGUCACCAGCCCAGUGUGCAGCCCAUCACGGGCCUCGCUCCUGACCGGCCGGCUACAGGUGCGCAGUGGAGUGUAUCCCGGGACGUUCGUACCUAAAAACCCCCUCGGGAUGCCUCGGAAUGAGACCACCAUCGCUGCUCUCCUGAAGGCCAAGGGUUACCGCACCAUGAUAACCGGGAAAUGGCAUCUUGGGGUGGGCCGGGAUGGUGAGUACCUCCCCACGCACUUCGGGUUUGACCACUACCUUGGGGUGCCCUACUCCCACGACAUGUGCCCCUGUCUCACCUGCUUCCCGGGACCCAAGCCCUGCUACGACACCUGCUGGAGCGACCGAGUGUCCUGCCCGCUGUUCAGCAACACUACCAUCAUUGAGCAACCGGUUGACCUCCUCACCCUGACCCAGCGCUUCAUCGACAACGCCACGGCCUUCAUCAACGAGUCGGCAACCGCAAACGCACCUUUCUUCCUCUACUUCCCAUUCCAUCAUGUCCACCACCCACAAUUCGCCUCGGAGAUGUUUGCCGGGAAGAGCGACCGGGGCUUCAUAGGAGACGCCCUGGAGGAGCUGGACUGGGCCGUGAGUCAGGUGGUGGCGACCCUGCAAGCACAUGACCUCCUGAACUCCACACUCAUCUGGUUCUCUUCUGACAACGGCCCCAGUCUGUACCGGCGGGAGCGUGGAGGCUGUGCUGGGAUGCUGCGCUGCGGGAAAGGAACCACCUGGGAGGGAGGCGUGAGGGUGCCCAUGUUUGUCCACUGGCCCCCACACAUAACACCAGGUCGCAGCCAUGGCUUGGUGUCGGCACUUGACCUCCUGCCCACAGUGUCCUCCCUCGUGGGCCUCAACACCUCUGCCCUCACUCUGGAUGGCACAGACAUAUCCUCGCUGCUCUGGGACCCUCUCGCCCCUAGUCCGAGACAACACAUGCCCAUCUACCCUGAGAGCCCCACCCCCUCGGUCGGCCCCCUGGCGGUGACCAAUGGGACCUACAAGGCUCACUUCUACACCAGGGGCUCAGAUUUAUCCGACCCCGACAACUACGACGAGAUGUGUCCAGGAGCCCACCCACUGACCCAGCAUGUCCCGCCCCUUCUCUACCACAUCCGCCGCGACCCGGGGGAGCGCUAUGACCUCUCCGGUGACUCGCAGUACAGCGGCGUGAUAAGUGACCUCACAGCCUGGAGGGAGGAGCACAUGAAGGCAAUGACCUGGAACGACCCCCUCACAGAGCCCCUUGACCCCUACGCCCAACCCUGCUGCACCUCCCCCUCCUGCACCCCCUUCCCCCAAUGCUGCGACUGCCCCACCACCUCCUCCUCAACCCCUGCCGCAGCCCCCCACCCCCUCCUUGCACCACCCCAGUCACACCCCAAUGCCAUCGCCAGCAUCAUGUUACACUGAGGAGGGAUUUGACAGAUUGGAUUAACACCUUGACUGCGGAUUUCCUGCAAGAAGACAUCACCAAGCUAUAGGAAUGGAUUAAAAAGUGGCUGCUACAAUUCAAUGAGGAAAAAUGUAAAGUCCUGCAUCUUGGGAGGGGAUAUCCAGCACACCAAUACCACAUGGGAAACACUCCACUAUCCACCACAGAGGCAGAGAAAGACCUGGGAGUGUAUGUUACCAGGCUACCAGUGAAGGGAUAUCCAGCACACCAAUACCACAUGGGAAACACUCCACUAUCCACCACAGAGGCAGAGAAAGACCUGGGAGUGUAUGUUGCCAGGCUACCAGUGAAGGGAUAUCCAGCAUACCAAUACCACAUGGGAAACACUCCACUAUCCACCACAGAGGCAGAGAAAGACCUGGGAGUGUAUGUUACCAGGCUACCAGUGAAGGGAUAUCCAGCAUACCAAUACCACAUGGGAAACACUCCACUAUCCACCACAGAGGCAGAGAAAGACCUGGGAGUGUAUGUUACCAGGCUACCAGUGAAGGGAUAUCCAGCACACCAAUGCCACAUGGGAAACACUCCACUAUCCACCACAGAGGCAGAGAAAGACCUGGGAGUGUAUGUUACCAGGCUACCAGUGAAGGGAUAUCCAGCACACCAAUACCACAUGGGAAACACUCCACUAUCCACCACAGAGGCAGAGAAAGACCUGGAGAGUAUAUGUUACCAGGCUACCAGUGAAGGGAUAUCCAGCACACCAAUACCACAUGGGAAACACUCCACUAUCCACCACAGAGGCAGAGAAAGACCUGAGAGUGUAUGUUACCAGGCUACCAGUGAAGGGAUAUCCAGCACACCAAUACCACAUGGGAAACACUCCACUAUCCACCACAGAGGCAGAGAAAGACCUGGAGACUAUAUGUUACCAGGCUACCAGUGAAGGGAUAUCCAGCACACCAAUACCACAUGGGAAGCACUCCACUAUCCACCACAGAGGCAGAGAAAGACCUGGAGACUAUAUGUUACCAGGCUACCAGUAACGGCAAAAUCCAUGUCAAUUGCAGCGGACGGGUUGGUUUGCUCUUCCCAUAUGUGAAAUUAAUGUGAUGUGAGAUGUUAGGCAAGAUGAUAUAUACUUAAAUCAUUGUGUUCAUUAGUAUGUUAAAUAAUUGGUUCAUUAAAUUGACUAAAAAUG